AUGUCUGUCAAUGUUGGGUGCAUUGUCACUGUGAUGGAAUUAGUGGACGAUAACCUGCAGUAUAGAUGUGCUACAUGUUGUGGAGAAUGUUAUCAGGUCAGGGAUCUUGAAGAUGCUGUUCAAGAACUGUGGAGGAGGAGAGACAAAGCUGACCGGGAGCUGACCGCCAGUCUCCGGGCAGCUGCAGGGCUGCCCUUUUAUGCCAGAUAUCUGGCCCUCUUAAAAGAGGAAAAAGAGUUGUAUGCUAAGAUAAUUGAAGUUUUGAAAAUAGGAGGACUCUAUCACCUAUAUCUUGAUAUCAGAUUUCCUCCUCCAGAUUUCCUGAUUUUAUCUUCCAGACUUUCACUUCAGAAGGUUUACAGUUCUAUACGGGACGGAACAGAAAUACAAAAAAUAGGGGUCCGAAUACAAGAAAUUGAUGAAGAAGUAGGAAAAUGUAGCAUUUCUAAAAGAGAUGAAAGAUGUUUUUUACUGAUUAUAAAAGAGAUCAAAGAUGAUUGGGAAUGA